CAGCCGAACCCCAAGCGAUCAGACACUUCUCCCCUACCCUGUGGCUAGGGGGAUAACAUGUUCUGUACCGGAGUUCCCCUUUUUCCCUUUAAGGCUUUAGGAUACAAUACAUACAGAGGCCUCAAGUCCAUAUAAAGUGCAUUCAGCAUCUCUGAAGAUGGACGGGGAUGUGGUUUCCAAAGCUGAUCAAAUAAUGAACUUCACCUUGGAGAUCAUCAGCCUGCUGAGUGGAGAGGAACCUGUAAAAAGGAAAAGGCCUGGUCAUGUCUCACGCAAAAGUAAUACCAGGGUAAGCAGGAGCCAGAGCCUCAUCACAGUGCCACAACUUCUACCUGAGACACAGAAUGAAGCGAAGAUCUUAGAACUCACCAACAAGAUCACCGAGCUGCUAACUGGAGAGGUUCCUAUAAGAGAUGAGGACAUCAUGGUUAGUUUCACCAUGAAUGAGUGGGAGUAUGUAGAAGGACACAAGGCACUUUACAAGAAUGUCAUUAUGAAGGGACACCAGGUCCAUGAAUCAUCAGGUUUUAAUCUCCAUCGAUGGUAUUUCCCAAAGACUGUACAUAGAAAGGGUCCUUUGAAUAAUGAAGUGUUAAGUCUUUCUCAGGAAAUUCUACAUCAACUUACUGGAAAGGAUUACAUGGCUGUGAAGAAGACGGGUGAUAAGGGUAGAGCUCAAAUCUCCAUAGUGGAUUCUUGGCCUCCCUCACAGAUACUUGAUGGAAAUAAUGAGAACAUCCUGGAUCUUACCAACAAGAUAAGACGGCUGCUGACUGGAGAGGUUCCUAUAAGGUAUGAAGACAUCACAAUCUGUUUCUCCAUGGAGGAGUGGAAGUUUGUAGAAGAACAUAAGAAUUCUUAUAAUAUAUUGUUUUUGCCAGAAAUCUCAAUUUCUCACAAGUCUCCUCAAAUAAUUUCUUGGCCUUCGCUCGGAGACAAAGUUACUUUCAAUGCAAAGAGUACAAAGCAGGACAGCAGUGUCCAAGAAAAUAAAGCCUCGAUAAAAAUGAGGACAACAAAAGACACUAAACAGUCAACUAAAAGUGUGGACUCUUACAACAGUAAACCGUAUAAACCUUCUGAUAUUAGAAUGUAUCUCAGAGACCUCACACCAACUAAAGGCAGCUAUAAAGAUGUCAACUCUGCCCAAAAAAUGGGAAAAUGCUCGAUAUGUGCCGAAUAUCUCAGCCGUGAAUCAGAAGUCAGGAACCAGGAUCGUACCAUCUGCAGAAAGUGUCUCAUGGAGACUUCGAACAAACAUGGCAGGUGGGUGGAAAAGAAGUUUUCAUGUAACUUUUGUGAUAAAAUAUUUACAUGCAAGUCCUCUCUUGUUAGGCAUGAGCACGCUCACUCCGGAGAGAGACCAUUCUCGUGCUCUCAGUGUGGGAAAAACUAUAAGCUGAGGCAUCAUUAUACCCGUCACAAGAAAAGCCAUGUGUUAGAUGAACCAGUUCUGUGUACUUUUGAGGAUUCACCGUUGGGCACGGGGAAAGAUAUGACCCUUCACAAUCCCACAGUUCACCAGGAUCUUCAUACAUGUGUACAAUGUGGAGCAACCUUUCCUAACCUCUCCCAAUUCAUCAGUCAUCAGAAAGUCCACAAAACAAUAAAACCAUUCGCUUGUGUGGAAUGUGGGAAGACGUUCAGUGGGAAAGGCAGUCGUGAUGCCCACUUGAGAACCCAUACUGGGGAAAGGCCCUUUCCAUGCAAGGAGUGUGGGAAAGAGUUUAGAUAUAAGUCCCAUCUGGUGGAACAUGAAAGAAGCCACACAGGUGAGAAUGUGCUGGUUUGCAGUGAAUGUGGCAAAUGGUUCUACAAUAAAAGUAGCUUUGAGACUCACUUGAGAAUCCACACAGGGGUGAAGCCAUUUCCUUGCUCUGAAUGUGGAAAGUGUUACAGGAGACGUCAUCAUCUUGUUUGCCACCAAAGGACUCACACGGGGGAGAAACCCUAUGGCUGCACAGAGUGCGGUAAAACUUAUAGGGAUAGGAAACAGUUAAUAAGGCAUCAGAUGAGACACGCUGGCGUGAAGCCAUAUUGUUGCGAUUCCUGUGGACUAGGAUUUAUCACACACGCGGAUCUUGUUGCACAUAAGAAGAUUCACACUGGGCAUAAACCACACCAUUGCUCAGACUGUGGCCGAGGGUUUAUCAAGAAGUCCCAUCUUGUGGUACAUUACAGGAGUCACACGGGGGAGAAGCCGUUCCCUUGUUUAGAUUGUGAUAAGCGUUUUACCACUAACUCACAUCUUUGUAGGCAUGUAAAGCGUUGUCAUAGCGGGGAUGAGACGGCCAGGUAAUCUGUUUGUGGUAGGAGGAAAUCCCAAAAUCUUAAUGAACAUUAACCCACAAAUGUAUUGUUAAGAAACAUAUGUUA